AUGAACGCCCGUUUCCUCCGCCCCUUCGCGAGGGCCGCUGCUUUCCGCGCGCCCAUGGCUGCCCGCCCCUCAGUCCUGGCACGCCCCGCCCUCAUCGCAAACCAAAACAAGAAGCCUGAAGUCGGCGCACAGCAGAUGACGGCCCUUAAGUCGGCGAUGCCCCAACUCAUCCCCUUCUUCUUCGUCAACGAGACCACCGUCGCAUUUAUCCUCCUCCCAGGCCUCAUCUACAUCUUCUCCAAAUACAUUCUGCCUCAGCGCCUGCGCCUGUUCGCUGCCCGCCUCUUCAUCAGCAAGUUCCUCAACCAACCGCGGACAACUUCGGACGUCCCAUGUCCUCAUGAAGCGAAUCACGGUACUUGA